AUGCCUUUCCAGCAGCGCUUGAAGUCCUCGGUGACAAUUGUGGAUCUGUGUGACGACCAAGGGACAGUUAAGCUCGAAACUGCGGCUCCGAGGGUGGCGGUGUCGCAGGCAGAGGACGCGCAUGGUGCCGAUAAGAAGAUGGCGAAGCCCGAAGCUGUUGUUUCGAAGAACGAACUUGGCGAGGUUCGUGUGAAGCGGGAGAAGCAAGAGCGAGCCACGGUUGAAAGGAAGCCAACUGCUCGCGGCAAAUACCUGAUGUAUGCCCCGCACGAAGGUCACGGUGUAUGUCGAGGUAAACCCGGCCAUCCGUGUGUGUUUGGGCACAUGUCGUCACCGGCUAUGGCGGCACCCAGCGGGCUCUGCGAUCUAUGUGAUCCCACGAUGAUCGCGACCUUGAGUGAGUCUUUGCCUGGACGACUAACUUACCUCUUGAAGAAUGUCGAUACAUCGGCUAGUGGAAGGGCUUUCGAGUAUGUGCAGAGCGCGCUCGGCGUGGAAAUUGCGAAUGAGUACCGUGCCAGAGUUGACCGAGCUCGCCAACGCCAGAAUCCAGCGCGAGUGCGCCGAGCAGCUCGUGGACCGUACCGUAAACGUGAAGCUCCAUGCAGUGAAGAUGUUUGCCCGGGUCGUGAUGCUGCAGGCUGCAACUUUGGAGAAUCUUCCUCCGCAGCAACAGCCUUGACUUCGGGCUAUUGCGGGCUGUGCGAUUCCAAGGUGCUGAGGCAGUGGUCUGAACAAGAGCCUGCCAAGCUCACAAGCACACUUCGUCGGCUGGAGCAAGCUGCUCUGGAGAAGGCCUUGGAUUUCUUGAAAGCUGAUGUUGGCGAGGUCAAGGCAAAGGAUUUCGAAGCUCGAGUUGAGCGAGCCCGUCGUCGUCGGGAUCCAGGGCGUCCGAAAAGGAAAGCACGUGGCACCUACAAGCGGAGCUAG